AGGGCAUGUCCCCUGAGUGCGCGCAGGCGGCGGGCACCGGGUCCCCCCGCAGCCUGGAGCGAGCCAACCGCACCCGCUUCCCAUUCUUCUCCGACGUCAAGGGCGACCACCGGCUGGUGCUGACCGCUGUGGAGACGGUCGUGCUGGUGCUCAUCUUUGCGGUGUCGCUGUUGGGCAACGUGUGCGCCUUGGUGCUGGUGGCGCGCCGACGGCGCCGCGGCACCACCGCCUGCCUGGUGCUCAACCUCUUCUGCGCCGACCUGCUCUUCACCAGCGCCAUCCCGCCCGUGCUGGCCGUGCGAUGGACUGAGGCCUGGCUGCUGGGCCCGGUCGCCUGCCACCUGCUCUUCUACGUGAUGAGCUUGAGCGGCAGCGUCACCAUCCUCACGUUGGCGGCCGUCAGUCUGGAGCGCAUGGUGUGCAUCGUUCGCCUGCAGAGGGGCGUGCGGGGCCUGGGGCGGCGGGCGAGGGCCGCGCUGCUGGCGCUCAUCUGGGGCUAUUCGGCGCUGGCCGCGCUGCCCCUCUGCGUCUUCUUCCAAGUCGUUCCGCAGCGGCUCUCCGGCCGGGACCAGGAAAUUCCGAUUUGCACACUGAUUUGGCCCAGCAUCGCCGGAGAAAUCACCUGGGAUGUGUCGUUUGUUACUUUGAACUUCUUGAUGCCAGGAUUGCUCAUUGUGAUCAGCUACUCCAAGAUUUUACAGACAGCGGGACUGUUGCUUGAUGCAAGGGCCUGCCCCAGUCACUCCCAAAUCACAAAGGCAUCAAGGAAAAGGCUCACGGUGAACCUGGCUUCCUCGGAGAACCACCACAUCCGCGUGUCCCAGCAGGACUUCCGGCUCUUCCGAACCCUCUUCCUGCUCAUGAUCUCCUUCUUCAUUAUGUGGAGCCCCAUCAUCAUCACCAUCCUCCUCAUCUUGAUCCAGAAUUUCAAGCAGGACCUGGUCAUCUGGCCAUCCCUCUUCUUCUGGGUGAUGGCCUUCACGUUUGCCAACUCAGCCCUGAACCCCAUUCUCUAUAACAUGUCACUGUUCAGGAAUGAAUGGAGGAAAAUUUUUCACUGCUUCUUCUACCCAGAAAAGGGAGCCAUGUUUACAGAUACAUCUGUCAAAAAAAAUGAUCUGUCAAUUAUUUCCAACUAAUUAAAUUUUCUCUAUGGGCAGAGUUUAUCACCUUCUGGGAAGCCAGGAUAUGCUUUCAAAGGGAGUUUAUUUCCAGGACCAUCACAUCACUGUAGCCUGCUUUAAGAAAACGUAACCUAUACAAAUACACAUUUGUAGCACCAAUAAAUUAGGGUGAUCAUUCAGUAUGACAAUUUUACCCUUUAUAAAAGGAUUUGUUAUGGGUUCCUUUUAAACAUGAACUUUUUCCAGUGUGUUUGUAAUAUUAUUAGUUUAAUAAAUUUUUAUUUAUGGCCAUUCAGCAAUCACGUCUCUUACAUAUAAAGCCACAUCAUGCUGGAGUGAGUCUUGGAAAUGAUCUAACACUCAGGUUUUUCCUUGAAGGGUCACUGCCACUGUAGGUCCCCGCCCUAGACUUUCAAGGCCUCAAAACUAUUCAAUAAAGUCAACAAAACUUGAGGAAUUUCCAAAAAUUCCAAAAAACUAAAGUGACUUUAGUUUUUCACUUAUAAGAAAUCCAUGGACCUCUUUGGGAGAAGCCAUGUCAUGAAAUCAGAGAAGAAAUAGGAUGAUUCAAAACACUGAGAGUGAGAGCAUAAGCAAUUCCCUCCACGGAGCCACCUGUCAGAUACCUCUUAAGCCCAUGCUGUGGCCAGUGUUCUUGGUGCUGGGAACACAGCAGUGAAUGAGACAGCCAUGGCCCAUGCCUUUAUGGGGGCUUACUUACCUUCUAUCUGGGGGAAGAAGAUUAAACAGAAAUCGGUACAUAAUAUAGCAUUAUAGAGUAGAUUCACAUCAUGAAGAAAAUAGGAUAGUGAUAGGGUGCAUG